GGGAAUGCAACAAAAGCGCAGUGGUCAAUUUGAAUCUUGCCGAACUGGUCUGUGUGUGGCGUCCGUUGGAAAUGGCGGUCGGUAAAAUCGGCGCAUUUGAUGUGUCGAAAGACAAUUGGGGCACGUACGUGGAUCGUCUGGAUCAGUACUUUAUUGCCAAUAAUGUGAAAAGUGAGUUAAAAAUUGCGACAUUAAUUACGGUUGUCGGCAAUAGUGCUUAUGAGUUAAUGGUGAAUUUAUGCACACCAGUGAAACCAGCCACAAAAACCUAUGACGAACUGGUAGCGGUGAUGAAAGGACACUUAAAUCCUAAGCCGAGCAUGCUCGCUGAAAGAUUCAAAUUUCGUCAACGGAUUCAGAAACCAGGUGAAAAUGUAGCAACUUACUUCUCGGAACUCAAGAGAUUAAGCAAAGAUUGUUCUUUUACGGCGGAAAGUUUGAAGGAAAAUAUGAGGGACCAGUUUGUGUGUGGAUUAGUAAACGACGACAUCCGGCAAAAGUUGUUCACCGAAGAAGAUGGCAUCAGUAUCGACAAAGCGUAUAGGUUGGCCUUAGCUAUGGAGGCGGCGGAGACGAACGCGGCGUUAGUGGAAGACGGUACGAGAAGAGGGAUCGGCGGCAGUGCAGCGGAGACGGCAUCUGUAACCGUGCAUAAAGUCGGGCAGGACGGCGGUAACGGAAAGCGCGGAGCGUUUAGAGGUGGCGGUGGCGGCUAUCGGCCGGCCGCAGGGCGGAACACUCCGCAUAACUCUCGGCGAUCAGGCAGCGGCGGCGGUCCAACUAUUGCAAGCGGAGCUGAUUACAACUUGCCUCAAGCGGGCACUCAAAAGGAGGCAUGCAAUGUUUGCGGAGGCAAGCACGACGCGGACACAUGUAAAUUCAAAAAAUAUGUGUGUCGAGUUUGCAUGCAGGAGGGGCAUUUAAGGAGGAUGUGCCCAAAGCUGGGCAAGAAUAAUUUCGUGUACAAUUGGAGAGAGGGCGGUGUCUACAAGUCUUCGGAUAGCGAAAGUGACGAGUUCCAGAUACUGUGAGGUGUUUGCAGAUGGUUUGGGACGAUUCACGGGGGGUCGAGUCAGCAUCCACGUUCGAGAGGG